CGCAAGAAAUCUAUAUUUUCUCCAAUGGUUGCGUUACGGCACGAACUGGAGUUAUUGAAAGGAUUAAAUCACUCUCAUGUCAUUCAGUAUCUUGGGUUUGAGCAGACUCCAGAGUAUUGUAAUAUAUUUUUAGAAUACGUUGCUGGGCGAUCUAUUUCUUCGGUGCUUGUUAAAACGGGUCCAUUUUCCGAUGAACUGAUUUGUGUAUUAUCGUCACAAACACUCCAGGGCUUAGACUAUCUGCAUUCUCAAGGAAUUAUUCAUCGUGAUAUCAAAGCUGCCAACAUACUUGUUGAUGUGGUUGCAUGUAUUGCCAAGAUAACUGAUUUUGGUGUCUCGAUGAAGCAUGUGAAAGGAGCAUACAAUCGUGUGUCUGACUUGACAGUGCAUGGUACUGUCAGUUGGAUGUCGCCAGAAACGGUUCGUGCCAAGGGAUACACAGCCAAAGUGGACAUUUGGAGCUUUGGAUGUAUGAUUAUUGAAAUGACGACUGGAUUGAAACCAUGGAGCGAGCUCAACAUGGAUCUACAAAUAUUUUCCCAACUGGCACGUAAUCAAUCACCACCACUUUCGCCCAAUCUCAGUGCAAACAUGCGUGCAUUUACUGAAAAGUGUUUUAUCAUAGAUGCGGAUCAACGUCCUACAGCCAGAGAAUUGUUGGCGGAUCCAUUA